AUGCCAGUUGUAUCUCCGUCAGCCGUUGUCAGAGUAGGUCGUAAAUUUAGGGGCAACUAGGUAACGAGAGAGAGAGGUACGCAUGCGCGGUUUGUCUUUAUUGCGCCGUGCUUUCCUUUUGGUUUCGUACUGGAAUCAUACUCAAAUUUAAUGGGCUGUUUGUACUCGAUUCUAACGUGCCGUCACAUUUAAUGAGCAUUAAUAUAUUAUUUCGGAGAUUUUAUUUUGCCAAUAAAUGUGCGCAUUAGAUUUGAGUAAUUAUGGUAUUUUCAUUUUGCUACAUUGUCAUUGCAAUUUUUUAUUUGAGGGGAUCAGAAAUAAGAUAUGUGUUUCCCUUACUCUCAUGCACCCGUCAAGCCAUGAAUCAAGCAACAGAAAAAUUUAUUUUUCUGGAGAGUCGCAUUGGAGUCCAUAGCCUGUAUACACCUGAGAUCUAAAUCUGGCCCUGUCUGGUCUCUUUACUCUGCAUUAGACUGUAAGCAUCGUACCUUUCUGGUUCCCUGUAUAAAUCCGUUCAGAAGCUAUCCUUGUAUUUACUCCAGUACAUAUUCGUCUUUUUUUUGUAGUAUAUUAUUUUCUCUGUACUGUAAUCUUGUAAAGUGCUACAAACACAGUUUGUGCUAUGUAAACAUAAUCAUAUGUAGGAAAACAAAACAGCUGGCGCUGGAAAAAAAGCAUAGCUCACCAAGACUCUGUCACUCUCAGCAAAGUACCUUGUAAUUUCCAUAUAAACCACCCGGCACAGGUAACAGACAUUCUCUGUAAUUAUAGACUCUUCAAUUUUCCCUUGGAGUUUAGAAUUUACCAGUGCUGCAAAUUACACAGAGAUAUGGAGAUAAAUAAAGAAUAGUCUUGGAUAUCUGAGGAUUAAAGGGGCACUCUAAGCACCAUAACUACAUAAUAUGUUUUUGGCUGCCUUCCACGCAGUUUGUAUCAAACUUUUUUCAAGAAGUUAGACAGAAACCGUGGUUUACCCAGCACCUAAAGUUCAGUUAAUCUGGACAGGAAAGAUGGGUUGAUAGCUAAUCUGUCCUCAAUCUUCACAGAUUAUCAUUGCUGUUCAAGGCUGGACAGAUUAUGCGGAAGUUCGCUUUUACGUCAUGCAAAUACGAGCAGAGGAGCUGAAUAUUGCUAAAAACCUAGAAGGUUUGCACCAUAACUACUAAAUAGGUCAUAGUGGUUCAGGUGCUAAGCAUGUAGGCCAAGAUAAAAAGACAAAUAUACCAACAUUUCCAAGUAGAACAGCCAAUGAAACAGGGAAAAUAAACAAACCGACAGAAAAAAGAUGAAUACAUUGAUAUUUUUCACACCACCUGGUGUUUAUUCAUAAUCAAUACCGAUCCUACACCUUUCUAUGGUGGCCUGGCAUUCUACUGGACACCACCAGUGAGAUGAUAACUUGUUAGGUUUAACUAGCCAACCGAGGUAAGAAUAUAGUGAAAAGAUGCCGCUACAUUGGAGGUGUGGGCAGAUUCCAUGGAGAGCGUAUUUUAUAAGGAUACAUUAAAUCAAAGCUCCUCAGCCUUGAUGUUUUUCAACUUUCUCUCAUUUCAUUACUCUGGAGCUCUAUCCACACUGCACAUUGAUUUGAGACUCUGUAGUACAUUUGUGACUGAGCUCCUGUACUCCGACCAAGUACCUCCGCCAAGUCUGCUUCCUCGCUGUCACAGAGGAGUCUGGAGUACUUCAGACCCAGUCACCAAAGCUUGAAUAGAGUUAUAUUAUAGGGUCUCUCCAAGGCUCUCCAACCAACCAGGCUGCAGCUUUCCUCUUCCAGGAAGGUAUUGUCCUAUCUGCCUAUUCCCCAUCAGCUCUCCUUGCAGGCAGGUAUCUCCACUUCUACCUAUAAUAUGAUUAACUCUAUAAAGGCAUUUGCGAUUCUCAGGCGUAGCUCUUUUUGACCUGUCCCGGGCUUUAGGGACCACACAGACAGCCAACAUGUCCAAAUACUAUGUUACUGGGAUCCCUGAACAAAACAGAAACAAGACACACAUCGCCAAAAGGAACUAGUACACAUGUCUUCCUUUUUUUUACUCAGGACUAGCCCAUAUGCUCAUUACAUCGAAUUUGCUGUGACAACUCAAUAUAUUACAAAUAACCAAAAAAAAAGGAAAAACCAUAUCGGAAAACAUACAAGAACUUUUUUUUUUUAAAUUCUUUAUUUGUAUGGUUUUGCAUAAAUUCAGAUAAGAGGGUAAGGGGGUACAGAAGGAAAAAGAAGGAGGGGGGUAGGAAAGAAUUGGUGCAAUGCCUUUCAGUAAGGUUUAGUACCAUCGCAGGGUACACUUUCGCAUUUAGUGUUACAUUUGCUUGUAUCGGUGGUAUAACAUACAAGAGUUUACAAGAGUUGUCUUCGGUUUGUUUGUUCCUUGUUGGUAAGCUUCGUCUGUCUUUGUGCUCUUGUGUGUCUUUUCAGUCCGUGUCCUGCUCUGUGUUUGUACAGGAUGAGGGGUGGGGCUGGGUGUAGGUGUUGGGUUUUGGGGUUUUGGGCGUAGGGAAUGGUGUCACGGUCCGCGAGCCACCUGGUGCGCAAUCCCCUUUAUUGGAAUUGUGGGUUGGCGUGUGUGGUGUAGAGGUGGGUAAGUUAUGUAUAUUUGUAUUUGAGAAUGUAAGUGCCGGUGUCUUGGUUAAUCCUUGAUGGGGGAGGGAGGGUGCAACGUGUUCCUAGUGAGGUUACCAUGGUAUGGUCAUGUCUCCUUCUAGCCACGGGUCCAAUAUUUUGUGGAACUGUUUGGGUGAAUCGUGUACUUGUGCUGUAAGUUUAUCCAUUUGCAAGCUAUUAUUUUCCUUGUGAUCAUUUCUUGUGUCGGGAUGUGAGUUGUGGACCAUAGCUCUGCUAUGUCUCUACGUGUUGUCAGAGCAAUUCAAGCUGUGAGUUUGUUCUCUACUCUGGUGUAUUUUGGUGAUCAGUUGUGUGAUGCUCUGACAGAGUGGUUGGAGUUUCGCGCACAUCCACCAACAGUGGACGAACAUCCCCAUCUCCCCGCAUUGUUUCCAGAAGGUGUUGGAUGGUGUUUGUUGCAUUGUGGCUAGGCGUUGUGGGGUCAGAUACCAGCGGAAUAGCAUUUUGUAGGCCUGCUCCGUGUGUGGAUGCUGUUGCCUCCCAGAUGUCUGACCAGUCUGUUGUGUCUUCCGGGGGGUUAGGUCUGCCUCCCAUGCUCCUAUGUAUGGAAAGGGAUAGUUGUGUGUGAUGGGUGGCAAUGGUCACGUACAUGUCAAAGAUUUGUCCUUGUCUAUUGGGAUGUUUUGCGCAAUCUCGUUCAAAGCGGUUGAGCUGAGCUGUGCCGGCUUGUCUUAUGAUUGGGGUUAUUGCGAAGCUGCGCAGUUGUAUGUAUCGAAAAUGAUCGAAGGUUGUGAGGGAGGAUGACUCUUUGAUGUCUGUAAAUUGUAUGAUUUCGUCAUUUAGGCAUAGGUGCCCCAGUCGGGAUAUAUCUCUGUGUUCGUAUUGGGCAAAGUGCUUGGGAGUGAGUCCCGGUGGGAAUAGCUUGUUCCUCCAGAUGGGGGUUAUGUGGUAGAGAAAGGAGGACAGUUCGAAUUUGUCCCUCAGUUUGUCCCAAAAGUCGAGUGCAUGGGUGAUCGCGGGUGCAGUUGGAGGGGGUAGGGGCCUAUGUGUUUGGGUGUCCACAUGUACAGGGACGGAUGGUCCAAGUCAAAAAUUAGGUGUUACAGGUCCACCCAUCGUUUUUCCCCAGGUGGGACGUGCCACUGCUGUAAUUGCACCAAGUGGGCAGCGGAAUGGUAAUGUGUAAAGUUCUGGAGGCCCAGGCCUCCGUGUUUCUUGGGUACGUAUGGUUUGGGCCCAUUCCAGAUGAAUGUGUCGAUUGCCGACUGUAGGGCCCUGAAGUCUUGUUUGUGGAUUGGUAUCGGCAGGUUUUGGAAGAGGUAUGUGAUGGAAGAGGUUCAUUUUGAUGGAGGCGACGCGUCCCAGCCAAGAGGACCCCAGUGACCUCCAUUUGGUCAGAUCUUUGUGAGGUUUUAGUAGUAGUGGGGUAUAGUUUUUUGCAUAUAGAGUGGUGGUGUCUGUUGGGAGUUGGAUCUCCAGAUACGAUAUUGUUGUGUGGCAAUACAAGAACUUUUAAUACCAUAAUAACCUAUAGAUGAAGGGGUGGGGAAGACAAUAAUUAACACAAAUAUCUAUUCUGCCUGCAUAAUUCAUAAUAUGCAAAUCUACCAGAAUAUGCAAAUUAAGCCUUGGUAUUCAGGUAGUGCAUAUAGCUACCAACAGAUGGUGCUAUCAUUAUGGGCAAAUGCAAAUAUUACAUGUUUUAAAAAUAAAUGUUGUAUUUUGUAAACUGUGUACUUUGUCUUUAAGCGUUUUUGCAAACUGACAAGUUGUUAGAAAUGGAACAUAUUGUUUUUCAUAUAAUGUUUCUUUACUAAAUGACCUCUUACCCAUAUUCAGUAAAUAUGGUGUUCAGACAUUAGGACGCCAUCUUAUCCUAGGUUAGUGUAAUUCCCCCAAGUCAGGGAAUUUCCCAUGUCAUGUGCACCCUUUCGUUUUAAUCUAAACAUUGAUAAGAUGUUCCAAUGUGAAAUGACCAAGUUAUGGCCUCGUAUCUUUGCCAAGUUAAGGUAGGUCCGUAACGGCUUAGCCAAGGCAACAUCGCGCUGGCCUUUACUACGGUUGCCUCCAGCAGAAGUGGAUGGCACCAUUGCACCCCCGGCUCCGCCGACAGAAGCAGACUUCUUGUAGACUGACACACACACUAGUCCAAGCAGACACACACACACACAAAGACUGGCCCAAGCACACACACACUGACCCAUGUAGACACACACACACACACUCACUGACUAAAGCAGACACAUACACUGACUCAAGCAGACACACACUGAUCCAAGCAGACACAGACUGAUCCAAGCAGACACACACCCUGAUCCAAACACACACACACUGACUCAAGCAGACACACACACACAUUAACUCAAGCAGACACACACACUGACCUAAGCACACACACUGACUCAAGCAAACACACACACACACUGACCCAUACAGACACACACACAAUGACCCAAGCACACACACACACAAUGACCCAAGCACACACACUGAUCAAAGCAGACACACACACACUAACUCAAGCAGACACACACAUACUGACUGAAGCAGGUUAGCACACUCUUUAAAACACAUUCACACACUCACUCACACACACACACACACUAUUAAGUCCCUAUUAAUUUUCUCUCCGUGGGUCCCAAACUUCUGGAUUGCGCCUAGCUGGCUUGAGUCUCUCUCAGUCCCGUCCUUGCUAACCUCCCACCCACUUGACCCCAAGUACAGGGAAAGGGGCGGGAGCGAUUGCAAUAUGCACCCAUGCGCUCCCGGCAUUUUAGGAUGGGUUUGGGAGGCGACUCUCUGUUAUUUUUGCGUGUAAAGGUUGAUGACACCAGGCGCUAGUCUGCAGCUAUGUAAGUGCUCCCUAGCGCCCUGUGCCAUCAACCAGCGGCACACACUAUACAUAAUUAAGUCCACAUAGAGGGGAGGCCCAAACAGCAGUAAAGCUGCAGCCCGUGCCCCCUUUUAGCAGCGGCCUAGGCGGCCGCCUAAUCAACCUAUAGGACACGGCAGCCCUGAUUAUUUAUAUAUUUUAAAUAGAGGAACUCUUACUAACUAUAUAAUAUCAUGGUUAAGAUAUGUGUAUGGUUAGCCUUUCUAAAUUCUAUGCUUUAAGACAUUAUAGUGGUAAAUAGGGGAACCUGCAGCGGUUACACUUGACAGGCGCACAGUCGGAUUUACCGGCAUAUGCACUAACCUUCCCCUGAACCCAUUAAGACACGGACACAGGUUACACUGUUGGAAAUAUUAGUCCACAGCUUUAUUAAUUAGUUAAUUAAGGAAUAACAAAUAGGGUCAUUGCCAACAAAUAUUAUUAAAGCCAACAUUCCCCCAUAUACAUAACAUACCCCUGGCAAUGACCCCACAAUAACAAUAAAUAACAUAUUAACACAGAAAGUGGCCAUCCAAUAUGACCACAUUUCCACCAGAUUAAGUUGUAGGGGUGUACCAAGACACCACUACACCCCCAGGUUCGGAGCCACCGAGGGACUCGAACCUGCCAACCAAGUGUAACACUGCCUAAUCCACACUAAACCUCAGGAUGCCCACUUCCUCCUCCAUCUACCCCCUGAUUUAACCUGGCCAUUCCCCGCCACAGCUCAGGACGUGACACCUAAAGCUCCUGAGUGCCCCCCACCACACCUAAACAAGGCCUGUAGAAGGCCCUCCUGAAGGCCCAAAAUAAAUAGGUUACACCCCACAUCCGAAAGAUGUACACCAUCCCUCCUGAAGUACCCGGAACCCAAUUCCCCGUGCCUCAGUGCCACUCCACCUAUAUGCCUAAUAAAGACCGUCAUCAUUUUAUUGAUUUGUCCCCGACACCAAGCCACCGCGGCCAGGUCCUUGGCAUGUCGCCAGUGAAACUGAGGAACCAUCUUGGACCACACCACCACCACACCUGGAGCUAGCUCUCGUAGCCGGUCCACAUCCCUCUUCACCUAUCUGACCAAUUCCUUUUUUGGGACCAUGCCCAGAUCAUUACCUCUAGCGUGGAUUAACAGUACAUAUGGAACGGUGCACCUUGCCAUCCUCUGGAAAAUUUCACCACUAAUGCCUUGCCAACUAAAACCCCGAAAAACCAAACCACUCCAGUGUCACCAACUCCAGAGGAAAACCCAGCUGCACUCCUUAUUUCCAAACUGCGGCUCUCUUCUGCACCCAGUAAGAAUGGCCCACCAACCAGGCCACCCAACCUAAAAUGAAAACAGAAUCAGUGACAAUGCAUAACACCAAACACCACCUCACUAAUACAUGCCCAUUAAACCAAGUGUUCGGGCUGUAAGUAGGACUUAAACUGUACUGACUCCAACCUACCUAUACGUUUCACCAGUUCCUCACCUAGACCCAAGCGGGACGUCUCCAGCGCCACCCCUAUCUGGAAGGAAUGAGUCCCAAACUGCAUGGGAUCCAAACCCAGCUCCGUUAAGCUUAUCCGAAAAAUCUAAAGAAUUUGAACCGCGAUAGAGCGGAUCCAUCCCUAUGUACCAAAAAACAACCCAGGAUGUCCGGGCAAAACUCCACGUAGUGCGAUGCACAUGAAACCAGGCAGACUCCUGACUCAGGCAGGGAAAAUAGUGUCAUCUGCAUGUCAGCCUUCCCCAUCAAUGCCCUGCGUCCUGCCUUCCGAACCAACUCAACCACCUGGUCAAAUGAUGCGUAGGAGACAGAACACAGGACCGCGUCAAUGUCAUCAUUCACCGAAGAACCUUUCGGAUAUGACAAAUGAUGGAUCAGGCGGAACCCAGUUCUUUCUCAGACACUACACCCAAAGGUGGAAAUCCGUAAGUCCGCCAAUGGAGGUUGUGAGAACAGCCCCGCCAUCCUAUACAGCUGAACCUCUUUAGCCAAUUUCUCUUGAACCACUAUACCAAACCCUUUUGAAAACCCGUCCAACAAUAACUGUGUGUCACCCUGGUUACCGUAACGGCUUAGCCAAGGCAACAUCGCACUGGCCUUUACUGGGGUUGCCCCCAGUAGAAGAGGAUGGCGCCAUUGUACCCCCGGCUCCGCUGUCAGAAGCAGACUUUCCCCACUUAAAGCACCUGUUGAGGCCGUGAAGCGUAUUUUGGAGAAUUCAUAAAGCAAUUUUAGGCCAAAAUAGGUGAUUUGAAAAAAUUAAGAAAUGUAUUUUAACUGUAGACUUUUAAAUCAGAAUUGCAAACUGCAGACUAAAAUAGUUUACCUGGAAAAAUGAUCAAAUUCAGCAAAAUGCCACAAUUUGAUUUACAUAAUUCACUACAAAAUGGAGUUUAGCGAAUAAAUCUGCUAUUUAUUAUUUCGCAUCUAUGUGAGUAUUACACCAAAGUGUGAAUUAAUAGUGAAUUUAAAGUAAAGUUAACAUUUUAGGCUUAAAUAAUCAAUGAAAACACAUUUGACUUGGAAAAGAUUCCAAUUAAUUUUUUUUUAAAUUUAACAUCUGAAAUUCACUUGAAACUCACAACAAUUCACACUAUAGGUGCAGUGACUGACUAACUCUAUACGAGAAAAAUAAAGUUUCAUUUGUAAAAACAGGAUCAUACCAGUAGGUGGCAGCAGAGUUUCUGAAAUCUCACAAUAUUAUUUUCAGUUAAUAUCUGCAGAGAAGCCUAACCUGACGUAUGUUCUAAUCAUUCAUCUGUUAAGCUAUAACUCAAAUGUAAGGUGAUCACAUAGCCAACAUUGGACGGGGCUAUCCUUUAGCUUCAACAAGAGUUCUGGGCACCCAUUUUAUAAGUAAUACACCUGCAAUGAUUUAUAACAGGGUCUUUGUUGCCUUAAACCAGUCUAUCAAGCUCAGAAUGUGUACAUAACGUCCGUGCUAUGCUAUGGCUUAAAAAGGUCAGAUUAGAUAUUGUGUUAAUGCUAUGAGUGUAUCUGACAAUAAAACAUUUUAGUGAGUGAGCAAAGAGCAAUGAACUAUACUUUCAGUACAGAAACUGUGAAAUCGUGGACAUUGUGGUUGUGAGUGUAUACAGGUGAUAGUUGAAAAAUUUGAAAAUCGUGCAAAAGUUCAUUUAUUUCUGACUGCUGACCCAGACCAAACCCCAACCACCUGUUGCCCAUUAAAUACACAACAACAUUUGUAUGGGUAAGGGCAACGGCCACAGCUUUAUUAAUGAUUAUUGCCAUCAUCCACAACCUGUCAGCUGUUGGGGGAUUACCAACAGACAGCUCUAUCAAAUGAAGCCACGAGUCCGGAACAGCCUGCCCCCGCCAUCAGCUCUCAGCAGGCUGCGACUUCCCAAGCCGCUUGGGCACUUCCUUCCAAUUCUCUUCGCUGGCCAGGACUACCGCGAGCUAUGACAAAACAAAGAAAAACAACAACAACACACAACCAGCCGAAAUCCAAAGAUAAAACAUCUUGUGGGUGGGUGGGAAGCUAGCACCACUACACUUCUGCCCGGUAACUGGUGAGUACCCUCACCUUUCUCCCCUUCUUAAUGCCAGGGUGCCACAUUGUAUCCCCUUAGGUAUCAUCCCUGUUACGGUACCUUCAGCAUGAAAUGUACAAACCGCCGUUUAGUGAAUGCUCCCCGUUCGCAAUAAUGUUGUCUGGUAGCGUAUACAAUACAAGCAUGCGAACCGCCAGCCAGGGAACACUCCAAACUCCCGAACGGUACCCGUACGGCUCCUUCCCUUCACGAGCCCCAAAUACACGAACUGACAAUAUCAGCCGAACGCCAAUAUCUUCCAAGCAGCAAAGAAUUCCAAAGAGCAGUCUCUAGUCGCCGGUAAUAAAAUCCCCCCCAAUAACGAGACCAAGCUCCGCUAUAAGGGUAAAACAUGAACUGAGUUUACUGUGGCUACCUGCCCAUAUUUAUGCAGGUCUCCCACUUGGUGGACACUCCCCUAGGGGACCAAAUGGGAGACUGGAAUAGCAGAUGGAGAUGGGGACAUUUCAGACAUACAAUCCCACAAUAUUCCCAGCAUGCAUCAUAGUUUCCUCCCCUCUGCUCGGGAGAUAAUUGAGAAGUAAUUCAAUUAUCUCCCAGAGCAGAGGCAAAUCGCCAUUUUAAGUACAAGUCAUAAAACACAUAAAAAUACAUAACUUUAUAACUACCGAACAUAUUACAUUCGUGUAACACAUCCCCAGAUAGCCUGGAUCUGAGUGCAUAUUAUUGGUGAAUAGCGCUCAGAUCCCAUACGCACAGUUCAAUUGCCAUGGAGUCAAAGUCUAUUACAGUUCUUCGGUAUGCGAUUGACUCCAUGGGAAGGCUAUCUGAGGUAAGUCCAUUCGUGCCCUUAAAUCUCCCGAACGGCCGGUGUUCGCACACUUCUGUCGAUUGAGAAGGGAGGUCAAUGGCUUCAGCAGUGUUCGGUUGAAAAAGUGUCCGUUUUCAGUUCCAUGAAAUAACCGCCGAACACCGCUGGUCUUUCGCAUGGUUAAGAUGGCCGCCGCCUCAUGGUCGACAUACGAACGACGACCACCCUGUAUUCGGUUUUAAUUGAGAAGUGUCUGUGGUUAACCGCAACGUUCUAAUUGGGAUCAAUAGGUUAACUAGCAGCACACUUCUCUUCUGGGUGGCCGUCUGUUCGGUAGUUCCGUUCGACAGAAAAGUACAUUCCCUUAAACAAGGCAUACGAAUGGGGAAAUUCAUGCAAACGGCAAAACAGACGAACACAGCAAUUCUAGUUCAUACGGAUGGGUCUGUCACAAUCCCCUUAUCCCUGCCAGCAGUCAUGUCCUCCCUUCCUUAUGUUUCCAGGGAGGUACUUGACGGCUGACCCAGACCAAACCCCAACCACCUGAUGCCCAAUAAAUACACAACAACCUUUGUAUGGGUAAGGGCAAUGGCCACAGCUUUAUUAAUGAUUAUUGCCAGUGUCCACAACCUGUCAGCUGUUGGGGGAUUACCAACAGACAGUCACGAGUCCGGAGCAGCCUGCCCCCGCCAUCAGCUCUCAGCAGGCUGCGACUCCCCAAGCUCAGAGUACACUUGUUGCCACAACAUACCCCUAAUACCCCUCCACCAUACCCUGGCUACCUCAUAGGGGAACCCCAAAUUUCUGCCAUAGGAACGCUCCUCCGCUCGCCGUGCUGCCCAGUAUAUGAAGGAAUGAACCAAUAUACAAACACAGCGAGGCCGAAGACCUAGGAAGAAACAAAUGUUAUAACAAAUGAGGCCUGACAUAGGACCUGUAGCGAUGAGAGCCCCAUCUACCCAACCGCUGAAUUGCUGCAGCAGAGAACCCACACAAACUAGCCAGAGUGGCCGCCCCUAUGCGAAAUGAGUGAGCUGAGUACUGCCGCGAAUCCAACCCACACUCCGCCAACGCGGCCUGAAACAUUGCCCGUAAACUGAGUCCCAUCGCUAUGAACCAGUAAGGGAAGAUACGCCAAUGACCUCCUCCGUAAAUAUGCCAAGAAAAGCCUAACCGGGCAAAAACCCCCACCAGUUGCACUGAUACGAACCCCUACCUACCUGGUCGGUCUUAGGGGGUCUGAUGAAAACGUCCACGAAGUCCUCAGCCCACCGGAUGUCCGCCAACAGAAGCGGAUCGACAGUCGGUUGCCGGAGACCAAUUCGCCCACGCGAAAGGCCCCAAAGAAACAAAAUGAUAAUGCAACCUGGAAUAGCAAUACUUCGUAUUCCGAGAAGCAAACUGCAUCCAACGCCGACUGAAUCUGCCCUAACAAGUCGGCUGACACCGGGCGCCGGGGGUCCGGGGCCCUCCUAAGCCUCCAACCUCGGAUUACUCGCUGGAUACCAAACUCCUGAGAAACGUCUCGCCAACCCAUAAACCUACAGAGAAAAGACAGAGUGGUCAAGGACUUUUCAGCCAAGGAGCAAGACUUACCCUGUUCGAGCAUCGUCUCUAGCAUUGUCAGGGUCGCCUUCAGGCGUCCUGACUCAGACCCCAGCACCCGACUCUGCGAGAACAUGGCCAGCCAUUGGUGCCAGACCGCUUGAUACGAUCUCCAAUAAGCAUCCGACAAGGAGUCCGCAACCAAGCGUCUCAGUCCUCCAAAUCGAUCUCCCAUAAGGAGUCCGGACAGCUAAGACCCACUGCUUCUGCCGCCGGCGCCGACUCCCGAAAGCGGUCCCACUGAAACCGAGAAAGAGAGUCAGCUACCACAUUCUGCACACCCGGGACAUGACUUGCUUUUAUCCAAACAUUAAAUCUUAAAGAAAGGAGGACCAGCUGUCGCAGAAGCGCGAGAACUGGAGGGGAACUGGAGGACGAGCAAUUUAUCACAUGGACAACGCUCAUGUUGUCAGUGUGAAAAACCACCGCCCUGUUGCGAAGAACCUCCCCCCGGAGCUCUAAGGAUACCACAAUGGAAAACAACUCCAAAAACAUUAAAUUCCACAUCACGUCCAUGCCCAGCCACCGGGCCUACCAUGCCUCCGCGCACCAUUGGCCCUGGAAGUAUGCUCCAAAACCGACGGCACCAGACGCAUCUGUGAAGAGGUUCAACUCGAAGUUAGACGUAGCCUCCUGCAGCCAGCAGGAGCGACCAUUGUAGCGCUCCAGAAAGGAGCUCCACACCUGAAGGUCCGCGCGCAAAUGACGAGUGACCCGAAUAAAAUGAAAGGGCCCUGCACGGCGCACCAACUCUAAUGCCCUGUCGAAUGAUGCAUAGCGCACUCGAGAAAACAUCUUUCCCGAUGUCAUCGUUAACGGAUCCUCCCGACAGAUAAGACAGAUGGUGUAUCAAACGAAAGGAACCAGGUUCCUUCGUAGGAACCAGCCCCAGGGGAGAAAUGCAUAAAUUAGAAAAGGGGGAAAAGGAAAAAGGGCCUGCCAUGCGACCCGCUUGGACCUCUGCGUCUAACUUGUCCUGCAGAAUAUCUUCCUUGCCCUUAACCGAGCGGAGAUUGUCCACAAACUGGGGCAAUGAAGAAGGAACAAACGGAAUCCAAAAACCCACCUGAAAUCCGUCGAAUAAAAUCUGUGCAUCGCAAACUCUAUGAUACCGGGCGAGCCAGGGGCGCAUCCUUAGGACGUCCACUGGCGUCCUCUCCCCUAGGAAUGUCAUCUCGAGAAGGACCCUUCCCGGUGACCGGUUUCCCUUUCCGGAAGCAGCGCAUAGCUGGGUGCAGUCCCCCGCAGUGAGUACAUUCGUUGCGAAACCUGCACGAACUGUACCACCGGCACUGGCUCUCGUUAAAGAGCCAGCAGACGCCUUUUUUCUGCCCUGCAGAGGAGCCGGAGGUAUCUCCGGCAGACUCUGGAAAGGGAGAUGGUCUACCGAGGGUCAUUAUUAACAGCCAGAGACUACCAUCCUGAACCCCAAAAUCCAUACCUGGGCACACCGCAAUCUUUUGGUGGAAUUGCUGGUCAUAGCGAUACCAGCAUUGCCCCCCGUAGAUUUUAUAGGCCCCCCAAAUCAGGUCUAAGUACCAGAGAAGGAGCCUUAUCCGGGAAACGGCGCACUAGGAUGCUUGAAAAGAUAUUAAACCCUUGCAACCAAUUGCCAAAGGUUCUGGUUAUCUGCUUACCUUUGUCUUCCUCGGGAACUUCACCCCGGCGCGGUCUGUCCACGGAAUCCUUGUCAGGAGAGACCAAGGACAGCAGAUCCACGUACUCACCUCUCCAUAUUUUCUCUUGCAUGUCCAUAGGGACAUGUAAACCUAACGGUGCAAGAUCGCAUCCCACCGAACCCGCGCGAAAAGCCCCUGCGGCAGGCUGACCCCUAGGGUCCUGUGCACGUCCCUGUACCUCCGUCUGCACUGGAAGUCUAUUAUCCUGCCCUGCGGCUACCCUUUGCCCAGUAAGCUGUGAUGGGAAACUGUCAACUAGGGUCCUAAGCAGGCGCAACCACUCCCUGGGCUGUUCUUGGGCACCAGUCCCCUGACCAGCGCAAUGUAAAAACUCACCAGCUGGGAACUGCUGGCACCGAAACCUCCUCUUCUUCUGAAGCAGAAUCCGACCAAGACCUCCUGUGGACAUUUGCAGCAGGACCUGAGCUGUGCUUCAGGCUGACAUUACCGAAACCGGCUGCCUCUGGGUGAUGGGAGUUGCUCCCGGAUGCCUGGGAGGUCCAGUUGUGCGUCCGGUUGUCUCCUCUCCUCCCUGCCGACCAUCCUCUAUGUCCGGCACCCUGGAAACUCCGUGUCCCGGACAGGGCGCCGACAGUGCGCGUCACGUCCAGGUGCGACCGUUGAUGACGUCCGACGCUUACCAUCACUUCCGGCGUCCUCUCUCUUCCCGCCGUUUGGACCGGAAGAGACGGUGGGCUCCUUGAUCUUCCUGCCAUGCCGCCAUCUUGUCCACCAAUGAUGCCUCCAUCCACGGACCUCCAGCUCCCUCCUCCUCUCGCCGGGGAAGUCCUGGCGGUGCCGAACCGCUCACCCCGCUGUCGACCUCGCCGUCUGGACACCAGACUGGGUGACAAGCGCGUAGGGGGCCUGGAACGCCUGGCCCUCCUACCGCCAAUGCGGCAAAAUCAACGAAGUCUCCGAAGCUGCAGCAGGCACGGGGCGGUUGUCCAGACCGGCGAUCACCUCCUCCAACGCUCCGGCUCCAUGGGACUCAAGGUACUCCUGCAAUAAGGCUACCACAUCAUCCUUGGACACGACUGAAGCCAUUCUCCCGAUACCAGAUGAGGGAAAGGUAGGUAAAAUAGAUGUGUAAGUAAUAUAAGCUGGAAAAUUUAUAAUCUUUUUUUUUUUUUUUUUACACCCAGGGGGUGUCCCAGGGGAAGUUAGCACCACUACACUUCUGCCCGGUAACUGGUGAGUACCCUCCCCUUUCUCCCCUUCUUAAUGCCAGGGUGCCACAUUGUAUCCCCUUAGGUACCACACCCUUAUCCCUGCCAGCAGUCAUGUCCUCCCUUCCUUAUGUUUCCAGGGAGGUACUGUAAUGCAACGUAAAAGGGGAAACUAAUAUUUGAGAUAGACGCAUUACAUGCAAAGCAAGAUAGUUCAAGCCGUGAAUUGUCAUAAGUGCAAUGAUUAUGGCUUACAGCCCAUGAAAACCCCAAAUCUCAGUAAAUUAGAAUAUUGUGAAAAGGUGCAAUAUUCUAGGCUCACAGUGUCCCACUCUAAUCAGCUAAGUAAGCCAUAACACCGGCAAAGGGUUUCUGAGCCGUUAAAUGGUCUCUCAGUCUGGAUCAGUAGGAAUCACAAUCAUGGGGAAGACUGCUGACCUGACAGUUGUGCAGAAAACCAUCAUUGACACCCUCCAUAAGGAGGGAAAGCCUCAAAAGGUAAUUGCGAAGGAAGUUGGAUGUUUCCAAAGUGCUGGAAGAAAAAGGUGCACAAGCAGCAGGGAUGACCGCAGCCUGGAGAGGAUUGUCGGGAAAAGGCCAUUCAAAUUUGUUGGGGACUUUCACAAGGAGUGGAUUGAAGCUGGAGUCAAUGUAUCAAGAGCCACCACACACAGACGGAUCAUGGACAUUGACUUCAGAGGUCGUAUUCCUCUUGUCAAGCCGCUCCUGAACAGAAGCGCCUUACCUGGGCUAAAGAAAAAUAUACCUGGUCUGUUGCUCAGUGGUCCAAAGUCCUCUUUUCUGAUGAGAGCAACUUUUGCAUCUCAUUUGGAAACAAAGGACCCAGAGUCUGGAGGAAGAAUGGAGAGGCACACACUGCAAGAUGCUUGAAGUCCAGUGUGAAGUUUCCACAGUCUGUGUUGAUUUGGGGAGCCAUGUCAUCUGCUGGUGUUGGUCCGCUGUGCUUCAUUAAGUCCAGGGUCAACGCAGCCAGGAGAUUUUGGAGCACUUCAUGCUUCCUUCCGCAGACGAGCUUUAUGGGGAUGCUGACUUCAUUUUCCAGCAGGACUUGGGACCUGGAGCCUGGUUCAAUGACCGUGGGAUUACUGUGCUUGAUUGGCCAGCAAACUCGCCUGACCUGAACCCCAUAGAGAAUCUAUGGGGCAUUGCCAAGAGAAAGAUGAGAGACAUGAGACCGAACAAUGCAGAAGAGCCGAAGGCCGCUAUUGAAGCAUCCUGGUCUUCCAUAACACCUCAGCAGUGCCACAGGCUGAUAGCUUCCAUGCCACGCCACACUGAUGCAGUAAUUGCUGCAAAAGGGGCCUAAACCAAGUACUGAGUCCAUAUGCAUGCUUAUACUUUUCAGAGGUCCAAUAUUGUUCUAUGCACACUCCUUGUUUUAUUGAUUGCAUGUAAUAUUCUAAUUUACUGAGAUUGUGGAUUUGGGGUUUUCAUGAGCUGUAAGCCAUAAUCAUUGCACUUAUGACAAAUCACGGCUUGAACUAUCUUGCUUUGCAUGUAAUGCGUCUAUCUCAAAUAUUAGUUUCCCCUUUUACGUUGCAUUACAGUACCUCCCUGGAAACAUAAGGAAGGGAGGACAUGACUGCUGGCAGGGAUAAGGGUGUGGUACCUAAGGGGAUACAAUGUGGCACCCUGGCAUUAAGAAGGGGAGAAAGGGGAGGGUACUCACCAGUUACCGGGCAGAAAUGUAGUGGUGCUAGCUUCCCCUGGGACUGUGUAAAAAAAAAAAAACAUAUUAGUUUCCCCUUUUACGUUGCAUUACUGAAAUAAAUGAACUUUUGCACGAUAUUCUCAUUUUUCGAGUAUCACCUGUAGGUAGAAGGGUAUCUUAUUUGGGAAGUAAAUUCGACUAAAGGGAAGAAUGUGGGCAAAAUAAGAGAGAUUUGUCCGUCUGUCCUUCAUUCCUUAAUUCCCUCCCCACCUUCUUCCCAAACUUGAAUGAGGUCUUCAUCUCGAAUUGUCAUAGACAUCAUGUUUUCAUGGACACACACAAUCUCAUCAUGUUAAUUUAAAAAUGCCGCCUUGUUAUUGCCGAUUUUAUACUUAGGGGACAGCCAAUUUUGUGGAUUAUACUGCAUCACUCUGUAUUAAUAGAUGAUUUCAGCUGCUCUUUGUGUUAAAACUCUCUCACAUCGCAAUUUUUUUUAUAUACUCAAUCUACGUUUUAAUGGCUGCGCUUGUUAUUAUUAUCCCUCUCUGUGUGAUGUGAAAUUAAACAAAAAUAGAAAACAAAAAAAACCAUUGUUUUAGGUACAGUCUGUAUGCUGCAAGAUUCCUGACUGAUCUGUAACAUGAUUUACUAACCGCAACAUUUGACUAUAGGGCAUAACCACCAAUAUUCCCUGCUCUCCUUCCAAGAUAGAGAUGGCAAAAAAAGGAGAAGAUUUUCCCUGCCUGCCUCCGUCUUGGAAGGUUGGCACUGGGAAGGGAAGAUAAUUGUCUCAGUCCUCUACUAAAUGAAGGAUUGUCCUGGCAAAUUUGGGACUGUUGGUACCUAUGGCAGGGCUGCACUUUCCAUAUGUUGCCCAUCAAGGGGGAGACGCAUUAACAUGGCACAGGGAUCCAUUUUAAGGCUCACUGGGGCAGACAGCGUCUCAUCCUGAGAAGACCCCAAUGUCUGGAAAUCAGUAGUUGUAGUGGAGCUCCAAUACCUAGCAUAGGUAUUUCCACUGUAUAAUCCUUGUAGCUGAAGAAGCAGUAAAAUAUCCGAGACAAAAUCCCCUAGUAACUGGACGAGACACAAUUCUGGGAGUCAACUCAGGUUUAUUUGGUCACACACAGCUUUUAUGCACAGACACCUACAUGAGGUCUCCCAUACAAUAAUACAGGGCUUUUCCUCCCAGGAACCUCUACAGAAAAAUAUACAAUAUUCUAAAACACUCCAAAAAUACAUUUUCAAAAGGGGACAAUUUGAUUGCGUGGGAGCUAAGAAGGUUUAUAGCCUUAAUUCCUCUUUGAAUCUGGGACCCCAACAGAGCUGCUCUGUAGACAUGUGCAAAUCGUUUUGUUCCGAAUGUACAUUUGUACGAAUUUCAUGCCAUUUGGACAUUCAGAUGCUUUCGAAUGUCCAAAGUGCCGAGGUUCCGAAGUGCCGAAGUUCGGUAGUCCGGAAGUGCCGAAGCUCUGAAGCGCCAAAACUCUGAAGUGCCGAAGUGAUUUGGAUUUCUGAAAAGUGGCAAAACAAGAGAGAGGGAGGGAAAAUUACAUGAAUGAUGACAGGAAUCUUGACCAAUAAGCUAAUUACUUUUGUGCAAUGUAAUGCUUGCUUGCCCAAUCCGGUUUCACUAUUCCCUGUCCAAUGAAAUUAGCUAAUUUUUGUGAUUGAUGUUAGAGAACAGCCAAUUAAUGGUGAUUUUCUCACUGACACUUGGCUAAUAAAGGCACACAGUCAUUGAAGUGGGAUAGUCUAUAAAUCACUGGUAGACAUGUGCAAUCCGUAUCGUUCAGAAUGUACAUUCGUACGAAUUUCAUGCCAUUCGGAAAUUCGGAAGUGUACGAAUGUCCGAAGUGCCAAGGUUUGGAAGUGCUGAAGUUCCGAAAUUCGGUAGUUCGGAAGUGCCGAACUGAACUGAAUUCCAUUGGUCUGAAUUGCUGAAACAGAUAAUUUUUUUACUUACCCGAAUUACCGAACCAAUUGCCCAUGCACAUCCCUACUGCUCUGUAAGGUGUGAGAAGCCACACAUAAGUGGCCAGAAAGUUUGGUUUAAAUAUACACUAACUCUCUAGCUUGCCAUAUGUCUAGUUUCCCUCUUAGAUAAGGGGUCCCUUGAUAUGUUAAUGGACGUUAGCCUUGUGUUCCAGUAUCAUAUCCAAAAGAACCACGAAUACCUACUCACAGAUUAAUCAUUAAGCCUCAAUACUAUUACAUUUAGAAUGGGGCAAGUGCCAUCUUCUAAUCAAGCCUAAACAUGAUUUGCGAACAAGAAGACCCAUACGUAGUUGGUUUGGUAAACGAACGGGGGGUGUACGGAGAGCCAAACAAAAGGGAAUAAAAGUGUAGCUAGAGCAUCCAUUCCGCUACAGUAAUUAUGAGAAUGGACAUUAAAAUCAUACCUGUUAACUUAAUUUCCUUCUUAUCUCCCUCAAUCUGCUCAUUCUGAGUAUAGUUGGCAGAAUUUGUCUGUACUGUGACCUUGAUUGGUUGAUUUUAAAAUUGUGGAAGGUAGAUCCCAAUGGGUGCAGGGUGCCAACUAAAUAUUUUUUUAAGAGUUUCUCCAAAUUCUGAUGGCAACCAUGGGCCCUCCACCCUACAAAAUAAUACAUAGGGAUACACAUUGGCAUAAUUGAUCAUGAGGUGGGCUACUUACCAUCUUCUUCCUGCUGUGCAGAGAGAUAGCCUGCGGGAGAGUUGUCAAUAACUAGAAGGGGCCAGUGACGGCCUUUAUUCUUCUCUUUGUCAGUUGAAUGAUGAUUGACCUCAAUCCCCACUGGCCAACUGGCGUUUCAAUAUUGAGCGCGAUUCAAUUACCAAUGCAAAUUUGGUAGAAACUUAAUGGCAAGGUAACUGGAAAUUAAUGUAUAACCAACUUUUUUCUUUUUUUAAGUAAAGGAUUCUGACAAGGUGAGUUUUCCUGCUGUCGACAAGUCUAGAUUAUGUCAAAUUGUCUAGCUGCAAAUUAGAUUCCAUGUGGUGAACAGUCUUGCGAAAUGUUCCAUGACUUUUCUUUGUCUUCAACUUGGCAAGAAACCAAUAUAGUGCCUCAUGCAGAAGGAUAUGAGGAUUUAAGCUUGAAUUAUUCACAGAGAGGAAAGUGCAGAUUCUUCUUGUGUAUAUAUAUAUAUGUGUGUGUGUUUGUGUGUGUGUGUGUGUGUGUUUCAGUUCAGUCCAACUCUCCUGACCAAUGUAGAACUUGCUAUGUGUACGUAUUUGAUUCACUCUUUAUUACGUUCUAUUGAUUUUUAUUUUAAGAUGAUCGGCACACGGUAAAAGAUGACUCUCCUUAAUUUAGCAUUCAGAGCAGUACUUUUAUCAUGCUUACCAGCAUGUAGUAAGACGUCAAUAAAUGCUUAGUCGAGCGAACCUAUGGCCUUCGAGGAAAAGUAUACUUAAUAAUUUAUUCAAUUUAAAGUCUUAAUUUAGGUGAUGCCACCCAAGGGAAGCAUUGAUUCAAAAUUAGCUCUGGACCUGUGUUUACAUGUGAACUAGACUCUGAGCAUGUUCAGCAGAGCAAGCAAGAUAAAUACAAUUAUAUUUAUUCAAGCAGACUACAACUCAAAUGGCGCUACCAUAUAAGCUAAAGGGAAAAGCCUUCAAUAACUGAAGGAUAUGGGAUACGGAGUAAGAUCUCUUCAAAUAUCCUACAGACUUGUUAUGAUUGAUUUAAAGGGCUACCAAAACUUUUCCUGAAUUUACACCAUUAAAAAUAAUUAUUGAAAAUCACCUAUAACUUGUGUUAGCUUUUUUUCAUGUUAUGCUCUUUUUUCUUUUUAAGCGUCUAUUAAAGAUUUAGCAGUUGACAUCAUCAUCCAUUCUGGUCCUGGCACAAGCACAGGACACUUUUGCUACAUUCGUCCUAGCCAUUAACUUUCGCAGCCCCCAUGAAGAUAUUCGAUACAAAUUGUGGGGAGGCCUCUCUGCUUAAUUACAGAAAGGGCAAACCACAUGACAGUGACGGAUAAGGAGCCAAGACAAUACAUUUUUCAGGGGGAAGACCACACAAAGACACAGUUUCUCUACAAGACCUACAGCAGAAGUCCUUAUUCACCCUGCCAACAAUCAAGAUGAUAAUCUUUCCUUUUGUCUGUUCCACCCUUUUCCGUACGUGCCACCGUUCCCACACAAACAGCCUAGAACACUCCAGCGACUUGCAACUCAAAGCAUCCACCAUCUUGGUUAAGGCAUUAAAUCUUUCCCAACCUACAAUCGAGGCCCAGAGAUGGUCACAACACACAAGUGGAUGUAUAUCUUCACUCAUGCAAGCCACAUGUCAUCACCUCAAGACGGGCUAUGUCUCCCGGACAGACAUCACGGUAGUGGUAAUUUAGUGGAUAAAGUUUUAGUUUGACAAGCCCAUUAUAAACUGCCUGAACUAAACUACCAAGUCUGGACUCUGCCGCAUUGAAGAUGGCUUUGUGGGUGCUAAAUUCCCUUCUCACACUACAAUACACAAACAUCAAAUUCAAAAUCAUGCAAAUGAUUGCUGCAAAAAAACUUGCAGAUAACUUGUGAUUAGAUGUCUCAAGACAAGGUGCUACAGCAGUUAACCCCUUAAGGACUGGACUGUUUUUGCGAUGUUGUACAUUUGCGACCAGGAAUAUUUUUACACUUUUGUGGUGUUUGUGUUUGGCUGUAAUUUUCCGCUUUCUCAUUUACUGUUCCCAUACAAAUUAUAUAUUGUUUUUUUCAGGACAAAAUGGGCUUUCUUUACAUACCAUUAUUUAUAUAAUCUCAUGUAUUUUAAUUUUUAAAAAAUACAAAAAUCUGAUGAAAAAUUGAAAAAAAUACAUGUUUUUUGACUUUUACUUGAAAAAUCUUUUACUCAUCUACAAAAGCGAAUGAAAAAAACUGCUAAAUAGAUUCAAAAUUUUGUCCUGAGUUUAAAAAUACCCAGUGUUUACGUGCUUUUUUGCUUUUUUUUGCAUGUUAUAGGGCUAUAGGUACAAGUAGGAUAUUGCGGUUUCAAAACAUACAUUUUUAAAAUUUAUCAAUAGUGACAUUGUAACACUAUUAUCUGUCAUAAAUCUCUGAAUAACACCCCACAUGUACAUAUUUUUUUUAAAGUAGACAACCCAGGGUAUUCAAUAUGGGGUAUGUCCAGUCUUUUUUAGUAGCCACUUAGUCGAAAACACUGGCCAAAGUAAGCAUUCAUAUUUGUUUGUGUGUGAAAAAAGUAAAAAAACUAAAUUGAACGCUAAUUUUGGCCAGUGUUUGUGACCAAGUGGUUACUAAAAAAGACUGGACAUACCCCAUUUGCAAUACCUUGGGUUGUCUUCUUUUGCAAAUGGUAUGCCAUCAUGGGGGUAAUUCUCAUUCCUGGGCUACCAUACGCUCUCAAAGGCAACGUAACCAACCUGGCCAUUUUCAAUGUAAAAAUAUUUGACCCAUAUAUUUGACCUUGUAACUUUCAAAAAUGCUAUAAAACCUGUACAUGGGGGGUACUGUUUUACUCAGGAGACAUCGCUGAACACAAAUAUUAGUGUUUAAAAACUGGAAAACGUAUCAUAACAAUUAUAUCAUCAGUAAAAAGUGCUGUUUGUGUGUGAAAAUGCAAAAAAAGUCACUUUCACUGACAAUAUCAUCGCUGUGAUAUGUUUUACUGUUGUGAAUCACUAAUAUUUGUGUUCAGCGAAGUCUCCCGAGUAAAACAGUACCCCCCAUGUACAGGUUUUAGGGUGUCGUAGAACGUUACAGGGUAAAAUACAGUGCUAGCAAAUUAAAUUCUCUGGAAUUUCGGCCUGGGUUGGCAGGCAGGUCCCUCAAAUUGCAAUCAAUAAAAUUACUGAAUUAUGUAAAAAUAUUACAUAAAUACGCACGUAGAAUUUAAAUAUAUAUGCAUAUUUAUAUAUUUGAAGUCUACGUGUAUAUUUAUAUAAUUAUUUAUGUAAUUUUGUAUAUGGACAUAUGUAUAUUUCGUAUUAUUUUUAUUUAUUUAUAUAUACAUAGAUAUAUAUACAAAUUCAUUCUAAGUGUAUUUUGAUAUAAAUAUAUAUAUAUUAAUUUUAAAAUACAGUUAGAAUAAAAUUUCAUAUAGAUAUAUAAUUUUUUUUAAAUUUUUAUUAUUAUUUAAAAAAAAAUUAUUUAAUUUAAAUUACUUAUUAUUUAUAUUUUAUAAUAAUAUAUAUAUACAAUAUAUAUAGUUAUUAUAUAUAUUAUAUAUAUACGUGUGUAAUUUAAUUAUAAGUGUAUUUUUAUAUUAAUAUAAGUACAUAUUAAUAUAAAAAUACACUUAGUAUGGCAUUAUAUAUAUAUGAUAUAUAGACAUAUAUUAUAUAGAUAUAAUAUAUGUCUAUAUAUCAUAUUUAUACAUAUAUAAUUAUUAUUAUUUUUUUUAUUACCAUUAACUUUAAUUUUUUUUUUGAUUUUACAGUUGCAGGGAGACUGCCUGUCAGUACAGGCAGUCCCCCUGCAGGCAGACACAUGGACACCUAUUGUGACCAUGUGAUGGCUGUGUUGAGCGAUCACAUGGCCACAGGGGUCCUAAUCUGCCGUGGGGAGACUGUCUGGGCUGCAGGCAGUCUCCCCACAACCGGAGCCACGCUGAUCGCCGCCGGGGGAACGACGGCGAUCAGGUAAGUAGCCCCAGACCGUUUGGACGGUUCAGGACCGUCAUCGGUCCUCAAGGCAAAAAUGCCGAUGACGGUCCUGAACCGUCCUCGGUCCUUAAGGGGUUAAAGAAAAUUAAUGUAAAUAAAGCUCCAGGGCCUGACGGUAUUCACCCACGAGUACUUAAGAAGCUAAGUGGGGAAAUAAGUGAACCUCUGUAUUUAAGCGUAUAAGAUUCUUUUGUUUCAGGUAUUGUACCGGAGCAUCGGAGGAAGGCAGGUGUUGUUCCUAUAUUUAAAAAGGGUUCCAGGUUCUUGCCUGGAAAUUAUAGACCUGUGAGUUUAACUUCUGUGACUGGGAAAAUAUUUGAAGGACUAUUAAGGGAUAAUAUACAGGAAUUCAUUGGGAAGAAACAUAGGUCAUGUCAAACUAAAAAACUAAAAAUGUUUAACAUUGUAUUAAAGGGACUCUCCAGUGCCAGGAAAACAAACCCGUCUUCCCACCAUCCCACAUUGCUGAAGGGGUUAAAACCUCUCCAGUGACUUACCUGAAUCCAUUGCAGAUGUCUCUCUGUGCUGGGUCAGGCUCCGCCCACGCUCCUCCCCCGCCAACAUCAGCCGGCGGAGGAGACCUAAUGCGCAUGUGCGGCAAUGGCUGCACACGCGCAUUAGACCUCCUCAUAGGAAAGCAUUAUUCAACACUUUCCUAUGGGGAUUCCGGCGACGCUGGAGGUCCCAAUGCAUAGCGUGAGGACGACUAGCGUUGUUUAAAACACUUUUCGUGUUCUAAGAAGCUGCAUGUCCCUCUAGAGGAGGACUUAACCCUGCAAGGUAAUUAUUACAGUUUAUAAAAACUACAAUAAUUACACUUGCAGGGUUAAGGGUGAUGGGAGUUGGAACCCAGAUGCCUCCAAUGGGCAGAAGUAGUCUGGGUGCCUGGAGUGUCUCUUUAACUAGAGCUCUGGCUCUUAAGAUGAAUGUGUAUCCACAUUCUUUUUUGCUUAACAGAACUGAAUUGAAAAGUUCUGCUCAAUUAAGCUUCUGAGUGACCUUGUGCAUCACAGUUACAUGAAUGGGUACUUUUAAACCUACCACUGUCCCCUGUUAAGAUCGAUUUUGUUUCUUUCAAAGUCAGUUAUUCCCCUAAGACUCUCCUUUCCUAAUGGAAGUGUAAAGUUCAGCUCGAGUGGCUUUUAUUAUCUAACCGGUUAGUGUUUGUUAUCUGCUCCUAGAGACCAAUUAGGAUGGUCACUGAUGGAACUCAAGAAUAGAGGACACCCUAUGCAAUCUCACUUUUACUCGUUCAGGACCAUGAUGGCAACACUCUUUAAAUUAGAAUUCAAUAAAUAUACAUUUUAUUAUUAGACAUUCUGCUUCUAUGUGUGUGAGAAUCUUAUAACGGUCUGUGGUCUCGACCUGGAUUAAAAUGGCAUCGCUAGGAGAAGACCAAGAUAAGGUGAUCAUCAACUCUUUUCACUGGUAUUACAGAUUGUUAAACGCUAGUCACAAAACUCUACAUGGGAUUUACGCAGAUCAAUAGUAGUGCUGCUAUAAACAGCCUUCCAGGAGAUGUGGGUAAUUCUCCACUAAAUCUUUCCGAAAGAAUACCGCUUUAUGUACAGAUUAGAUAUAUCAGUCUUUUCCUCCAAGACUCAUCUCAUAUCUCAGAGUUUUUGGCUUUUUCCACCUUUAAAAGGUUUCUUCAGCCAUCAUAAGCACUACACCCCUCUGUAGUGGUUAUGAUGGUAGGAGUACCGUGGCCCAAUUCCCUGCAGGGAUACAGAAGCCUAUGCUAAUGUCACCAGCCAUUAAUUGGCUGAAAACCUCGGCUGACUGCACUUAGCCAAUGAAUGACCCUCUGUGCAGAGAAACAUACACAUAAUUGACAACUUAAUCCUUUUGGUACUAGGUAAUUAUCUUCAGUAACAUAAUCCCUCUUGCUCAACAAAGAACCACACUUUUUUCCCCCCCACAACUCUUUUGGUAUGUACUUUACAAGUAACGCCAAGCCUCCAUAGCAAGCCAGUAACCUAUCUCAUGCUGAUGAGUUGCAUUAACAACGAAACAGCUGUCCAUGAGAAGUUCACUGGCUUUGCUCCUCUUCCUGAGUUGUGUUUCAAAGCUGUUGUUUACAGCAGACAUAUACUCAAAGUAAUCCAUGUAUAAAGUGGAAUUAUGUGGUUCUUUGUUGAGCUCAUUUGCAUAUGCCUACCCAGAAUCCCUUGCAGUAGUGAGCUCAUUGUUAAAGUGAGAUUUCUGUGGGAAAAGCAAGUCUUAUGGCUUGACUGGUGUGUGUAUUUGUGUUUAGCAAUGUAUUAACUAUACACUUACUUCAGGUGGAAGGGGUUUUCAUCAACACUUUUUUUCCCCACCACAACUCCAUUGGUAUGUGUAUAUAUAUAUAUAUAUAGAUAUAUAUACUUAAAAAUAUAUUAGCAAUUAAUAUUUAUAUAAAAAUAAAUAAAUAUAGAUAGAUAAAUAGAUAGAUCGAUAAAUAUAGAAACAGUGAGGUCAGGCUAGUUUAUCUCCAAGGUGCAGAUGUUGUUAGUUUGUUAUUACAACAAAAACUCUUUCCUCGGCUUACGGAAGCUCAGGGCACUUGUUAAUGUUCAGGUAGUUAUUGGAAAAGUUUCAUAGUAAUUGGAGCAGAUCCAGUCAAUAAAAGAAUCACAGAUUUUUGGAGACCUCAUGUGCCGUUGGUGGUGUUUUCUUCAAGUUAACUUUUCUUUUCUACCUUAUGGGAGUUUCGCACUACUUGUAGCAUCGCAAAAAAGCUAGUAAUGAAUCAGGUGUUGUUUUGUACUUCACUUCCAAUAUCACGCUGCCCCCUGUCAGAAUAAGUUAUACAGUGUUAAUUUCUAUUCUUACAAUUGCCCCCUCCAGGAGAUUCGAGCCAUAAAGGCCAGUCACCUAAUAAAAGUAAGAACAUGUGGAAACAAGAUCAAAUUGCCUCCCCGAGGCCUCUCGACCAGUCUGAAGAAUAUGAGCUAUUAAAUAAGGUAUUGUCAAUGUUGGAACAUCUCACGUUAAAAUAUGGUCUGCCCUGUGACAUAGACCUGCUUGCUCAUCAUAAAAAAUGCAUAUCCUCUCCAUCAGCAAGUAAUGGGCCAUAUUAGAAAACAACAUUUCAGAAUUUAAGAGCCAUGCUAAAGAUUUUCACAUGGUGGAUACACGCAUAUAUCUUCUACAUGCAGAGCUAGUUACUAAAAUGUGACAUUUUGGGGUAUGCAUUCCUUUAUUUUUCCCCCUUUUUCCUACUACAUAUCUCUGUCAAUUUAGCAGUUUUUUUAGUUAAUAUGUUUAUUCUCUAAAGUGAGAAUUCAAAAUAAAUUUCAAAUUUAAACAAACACCGAUGUUUAGUAGCUGAACCCCAAUGAAAACAUGUAUGCAUUUAAUUAUAUAUUUUUUUCCCGCAAGUGGUAUGUCUAUAACAGCUUGCAAAAGCUGCAGAUCUCUUGUCUGCAACCUUUGGAAGCCCUCCCCUUCUAACCCCGCCCAUACUUUCUGUAGCUGUCCAAUCACAGACUUCCCAAUGCAGCUCAAUGAGAAGUCUCUGCAAGGGUUGGACAUAUGUACAAAGUACCAAAGAUAUUGGGCAUCUCAUCUCCCUUAUUGGGGCAAAUAUAAGGGGCCAGGAGGAACCAUAAUAUACUUUAAUGGUGAAACACUCAGCACAUUAGAGAAUAAAGAGAAUGUGAGGAUCAAAAUGCGAAAUCUGAUGACCUUUGAGUCACUUUUUUCCCCUCUGUUUCCCUUGUAAUUAUUUUUUUGAAAUUCACCUUAAUUUUUUUGUUAUAAAUAAAGAAGAAGAAAAUAAAGUAGGGACUACUUUUCCUUAAUUUGACCGUGAUAUCUGGAAAUCGUUGGCAAUGGGCGGAGCUUAAGCAAGGUUCCAUUUCGGUUGCCAAGCUGAUCAGUGAAAAUAAUCUCACCGAGGACUAACUGCAGACAGCAUGGAGGUCGAAGAACAAAAUGAAGGCGCCCUGGUAUUAAGAUCCGGCACAAGCAAGAAAAGACAAUGCAUAUAAUUAAAUACAAAUGCCAAAGGGGGGAGGAGGAUAAUCAUUAAAAAUACAAAGGGCUUAGGGAAUGGGGGGGGGGGAAAACUGAAAUUAAACAAACAAAAUGGCAGCGACGAUUUAAAGCAUGCUUCCCCAAACUCCGGCCUUCCAGAUGUUGCCGAACUACAACUCCCACGAUCCUUUGAAUGAAAGAGAUAGCCAGAGAAUCAUGGGAGUUGUAGUUCAGCAACAUCUGGAGGGGCCGGAGUUUGUGUAAGCCUGCUUUUAAGAGACACUAAAGUGAUGGGGAAAAAAAUAUUGUAUUUUGCAUGAAGAUAAAAAAACUGCUUGUUUUUUAAGAUUUGAAAAAAAAAAAAAAAAAAACAACUAAGUCUGUAGAUAAAGUCCUAUAAUUUAAAGCAUUGAGAUUUAAAACACACUUGCAUAAUCACGGCAUAAGAAUCAUCACUCCUACUCCCACUCUUAAUAUUAAAGUGUCCCUUUUUGUCCAUUUGAAAUGUUGUGAGGUAUAGACACAUAACCUAACUCCUUGUCCAUUCCUGUAAGUCACUGAAAGGUAACGACAUAUAUUUAAAGGACCACUAUAGUCACCCAGACCACUUCAGCUCAAUGAAGUGGUCUGGGUUCAGAGAAACUGCUAUGUUUACAUGCAGGGUUAAUCCAGCCUCUAGUGUCUGUCUUCCUGACAACCGCUAGAGGCGCUUCCAUGACGCUCAAUGCGAAAAUCGAACUGAGCACGCAGAACGUACAUAGGAAAGCAUUGAAUAAUCCUUUCCUACGGGCGUUUUUAAUGCGCGCCCGUGCGCUGCUCUGGCCAUGCUUGCGCAUUCGGCUCGGGAGCUAACGUCGGAGCUGGAGGAGAGGUCACCAGCGCCGAGGGAGCUCGGCGCUGGAUAAAGAUAAGUGACUGAAGGGAUUUUCAGCCCAGCGGGAGGGGGCCCUGAGGGUGGGGGGGACCUAAGGACAGUAUAGUGCCAGGAAAACAAGCCUGGGCACACCCUAAUCCCCGCGGCACGCCUAUGUAUAUUGAGACCGGCAGGGGAAAUCUCAGGAUCUCCCCUGCCGGCUCAUGCAAAGCCAACGCUAUCCGAGCGCCAGCUCUGCUCUCAGCCUCCCUCCCCACUGAUCCACAGGCAGGGAGGGAGGCAGGAGAGGACCGGCGGAGCUCUUGCCAGUAGCUCCGCCGGGUUCCUCUUGCGAGAUAUGAGCGUUGCCACGGCAACGCUCAAAUCUCGCGAGAGUGAACUCUAGCCCCACAGGGGCUAGAGUUCACUCUCCACUGGACCACCAGGGAAGGCAGCAGGAACAAGGAUCCCCCUCCCAGGCAUAAGGUAAGAAGGGAGGGGGGAUAUCAAGUAAUGUACCCCCACAAUCACCCACACACAUACAGCACACACACCCACACAUACAGCACACACAGACAUACACAGCACCCACAGACAUACACAGCACCUACACACAUACAGCACACACACACACACACAUAUACAACACCCACAGACAUACACAGCACCAACACACAUACAGCACCCACAGACAUACACAGCACCCACAGACAUACACAGCACCUACACUCAUACAGCACCCACACUCAUACAGCACCCAGACACAUACAGCACCCACACACAUACAACACCCACAGACAUGCACAGCACCUACACACAUACAGCACCCACAGACAUACACAGCACCUACACACAUACAGCACCCACAGACAUACACAGCACCAACACACAUACAGCACCCACAGACAUACACAGCACCCACACACAUACAGCACCCACAGAUAUACACAGGACCCACACACAUACAGCACCCACAUUUUUACCCGUGUUACUCACUUUAACUUUUAUUAUUAUACAAAGUAGUCGCUAUGUUGUCUUAUGAUUUCUUUUAACUGUGUAAAAUUGUAUAUUCACUUUAAAUUCUCAUAUUAGUGAAUAAAUCCUGUGAGUGUAACUGCAGUAACUGGAGAAUAUCUUCCUUUGCAGGAAAUAGAGAAAGUGCCGCCCAAUGGAAGCAGCAGCCAUUCCUCCGGCGAUACAUAUUAUUCAGAUCAGGAUUAUGCUGAUCAAGGCCAGGUGAGAACCUUAACGAUGCUGCAUAUAUUAGCUUUUAGAUUUACUAAUUAUUUUUUAUAGGAUUUUCAAGAACAUUAUAUGCUGGUUAACAAGAUGUGACCCUUUUCAUGAUAUACAGGACAUGUCACCCAAAAAAAGCAGAAGCAAAGCCUCCGAGAAUUCAAGUUCUUCAUUUCACGAAUGCAUGGUCCAGGUAAGGAUCUAACCAGCACAUCAAGCCUUAGAGCUAAGCAACUAUUAAAGGGACACUAUAGCACCCAGACCACUUCAGCUCAUUCAAGUGACCUAGGUGCACUGUCCCUUUUGCUAUGUUUAAAUUGCAGCACUAAGUCUGCCCUCAGUUGCUGUCUACCAGACCGCCACUGGAGGCGCUUCCUAUAUCCAAACAGACUUUGGUCCGCUAUCUGAAGAUGGUCGUUCUCAUGCUCUGCAUGCUCUGGAUAAGUACAUCCAGCGUCAGAUUUUUCCCCAUAGGAAAGCAUUGAUUGAACUCUUUCCUAUGGGGAAGCCUAAUGUGCGCACAUAAUUUGCCUCGCAUGCGCUUUAGUGCCUGCUCGUCGCGGAAUGUCAGAGAGGGCGGAGCAUCAACCUAGCAUCAAGGGACAUCAGCCCUGAGAUAAGGUAAGUAAAUAAAGGGUUUUUAACACAGAAAAAAAGGUGUAUAAAUGGCGCUCAAACAAAACAAUAAAUAUAUCCUAGUGCAUCUCAAACCACACAAGUGUUAUGUCACCUUAAACACUUACAUACAUAAAAUUUGGAUACAAAAGAGAGAGGUUGGCGCACACGAUGGAUAACUUUGUGAAAAUCUGUAAUAAAUAUAACAGAACCUUCAUAGGGCAACAUAUAUAAGAAGAUAAUCAAAUAUAAGUAUAACUGGAAGCACUCACAAUUUCGAGAGCCAUAUAAGUUGGCUCUCUACUGUAGUAGCAUGUAGGUAGUUCCAAUACGAUAAAUAGCAGCAAUGAUGAUGUUCCCCCAGGGAAAGGAAAGCUUUAAAUCUGCCUGGAUAGAAGUUCAGGAACCAAGGAUGGCUAAAAAAUAGCUCUUUCUUAAAAUGAAAAUAACCAUAAAAGUACUAGCACAACGCGUUUCGACCAAUUCACUGGUCUUCCUCAGGUGCAAUAAAAUCAAGUGCAAAUAACAGGUUUAAAUACCUUACAAACAAGGUGCAAAUAAGAAACACAUGUAAACAAUUACAAUAAACCUCUCCCAACAUGUCCAUACAUAGUAGUUGCGUUUUUAUCCUUCCUCCUCCAAUAUGGUGGAUAUAUGAUGUAACCUUGCUGAUAUCCAUAGGGAACCGACCUCUUCAUAAUGGCCGUGCGGACAGGAUGCCAGUGACAAUCACGUGACUUCUGUCAUUACAACGGAACGUCACUUCCGGUUUUCGUCAUAACGUCACUUCUGGUUACCAUCCGUUCGGGGAAAAAAAAGGGGCAUACGCAGUUCCCAAAGGCCUGAGUAGUGUGAUGUGCCUGAUCCAACGAUAGCGAACUCAAAAAUAGCAUGGGGACCAAUUUAUGGGCAAUUUAUGGUCAUGACCUGUGGGUUAAGAAAAACUGCACACAAAAAAUGCAAAAUGGCACAACAUUUUCUACAACACAAUACUGAGAUUUUCAGGUCAUAGAGGAUUUGGGGUUAGAUUGUUAUCCUUUAGAUUUAUUGAUAUUUUAAACCCUUAAGGACUUUUUUACUCUAUGCCAUAUCGCAGGAGACCUCCAUUGCAUUAGUACAAGAAGUCAUGCUGUUGAAAGAAGCAAAACAAGAAGUGCUAAUUGAACCAGAAGGACCUGGAUCUGUUAGCAUAACUGACGAGAAAGACCAGGUGAGAGCCUAA